UUGAAACGAGAAGACCAGGCAUUGCCUAACAUUAAACAGUAUUUUGUUGAAUGUCCUGGACGAGACGCUAAGUACCAAGCUGUCGUUGAACUGUACAGCGGGCUGACAAUUGCUUCAUGUGUGAUCUUCACCCAUACGAGAAGAAGUGCGUCUUGGUUAGCUGAGCGGAUGGUUGAGAAAGGACAUUUGGUUGGUGUUCUACAUGGGGAAAUGUCGGUAGAAGAACGCGCUGAGUCGAUACAGCGGUUUAAAGACGGCGACUUUAAAGUCCUUAUUACCACGAAUGUCUGCGCUAGAGGCAUCGAUGUGUCGCAAGUAACGAUCGUCAUCAACUACGAUCCUCCCCUUAUGUACGAGAAUCCUUCUGAGCCCGAUUAUGACACCUACCUUCAUCGCAUCGGACGCACUGGGCGGUUUGGAAAAGCUGGUAUUGCUAUUAACUUCGUGGAUAGUCGUGAAGUUUUAAUAGUGAUUAAAAAAAUCGAAGCUUUCUUCGGAAAGCCGAUUCCAAAAUUGGAUCCAAGUGACUUGGAACAGCUGGAGGCGGUUGAGAAUGAUUGA